AUGAUGACAACGCCGACGACGCCGUCGCCCAAGGCGACGAGGGUGCGACAGAAGAUCAGGCAGGCGCACGAGGGCCGCUGGGCGCACCUGAGCCUGGCCAACAUGGGCCUCACCUUCUUCCCCGUGCCCAAGACACACGGCCCCGUCGAGUCCACCAUGGACGAACGCGAACGCGAGGAGCGCGAGGAAAGAGAGUUGUUGAAUCAGCUGGAGCAUCUGGAGAGUCUGGACCUGAGCAACAACGACCUGUGCCACAGCGCGUUUCCGUCGGUCAAGCGCCGCAGCAACUCGUUCUCGUCGCCGCUCAACGCCAUCUCCGAUCCGUUCAGCAUGUGGUGGGACGACGAUGACGACGCCGGCGGCGGCGGGCAGCAUCACGGCCAUGGUCGCACCCACUCGGCCGACGCCACGGCCACGGCCACUGCCGCAUUCCUCGCAUCGCUCGCCCUGACCGACCCCGUGCCGACCCCGACACGCCAUAUUAUGUUGACCACGACAUCAGAGACAUCGGGUGAGCUGACAUCAGCAACAGAGUCGUCGCCGUCGUGGUCGUCGACAUCGUCGCCGCCGGCCUUGGUGGGGUCCUUCUCGACUUCACCCUUUCUUCCGCCGACCCCGCCGCCUUCGCCCAUCACCUCCUUCGGCCUGGCCACGUCGUCAUCGAUGUCAUCAUCAUCGACAUCGACAUCAACGUCGACAUCGUCAUCGUCGUCGACACAUUUACCGCCGAUGCUGCCGUCGCUGAAGAAGCUGAACCUGCGCAACAACAACCUGGACCGGAUCCCGCGCUACGUGUGCUUCAUUGCCUCGCUCGAGUCGCUGCACAUCGAACUCAACGGCCUCACCGCGCUCAAGGGCGUCCAGUUCCUCACCCACCUCACCGAGCUCAACGCUCAAAUGAACGAAAUCGCGGGCAAGGUGCCGCAGCUGGCGGCGCUGUCGUCGCUGCGCACGCUGAUGCUGGGGAUGAACCACCUGACCGUGGGCGGCCUGCCCAAGCUGCACCAUCUGAGCCACCUCGCGGUGCUCAAGCUCAACGACAACUCGCUCGGUAAGGAGACCCUCAAGCUCGCCUCGUCGACUUCGGCCCUCGCCACCCCGCCCUCCUCGCUCUCCUCGUUGUCGUCGUCCACGUCCACGUCAUCAUCCUCGUCGUCGAUGUACGCCAGUGCCACGUCAUCAUCGUCGUCGAUGUACGCCAGUGCCACGUCAUCGUCAUCGUCGUCGCCGCUGUCGCUGUCUACGUCGGCGCUGCGUUCGCCGUCGGCCACAUCGCCGGCGCCGUUCAUGCCUUCGAUGCCGUCGACAUCGAUGUCGCCCUCGCCCGAUUCGUCGGCGGCGGCGUCGUCCCUGUUGGCCUCUUCCACGUCGGCCUUUGCCAACCUCAUCCGCAAACUGCCGCGCGAUGGCGUCCUCGCCGAACUCGUUCUCGGCGGGAACUACCUGGGGCCGACGGUCCCCGAGAACAUCGGGCAGCUGGGGAGCCUCACGCACCUGGACCUGUCGCGCAACGGCAUCACGGCCCUCGGCGAGGCUCUCUUCGGGCUCACCCGCCUCUCGACGCUCGUACUGAGCCGCAACAGCCUCGCCCAGCUGCCUCCGCUCAUCGGCCAGCUCACGGCCCUCACCUGCCUCAAGAUCGACGGAAACACGCUGACGAGUGUGCCGGAGGAGGCGAUGCGGGCGCUGACCAAUCUACACACGCUCGAGCUGCAGCACAACCAGCUCGAGCUCUUCCCCCUCUGUACAAUCUACCUGGCCCGGCACUCACUGCGGGAGCUCGACCUGGCGCACAACUGCAUCGACGCCUUUCCGGUGUUUGUUGGUGUUGACACGCGUGGCAACCAAUACAAGUUGGAGGACGAGGUGCCGCGCGAGCUGGGUGCGAUAGAGGACAUGACGCGGAUGACGCGCCUCGGGCUGCAGUACAACUUCUUCGGGCGGGUGCCCGAGUGCAUCGCGGCCGUCGCCAACCUGGUCUCCCUCGAGCACAUGUCGAUCAUCGACCAGAGCACAGCCGAUGACCUGAAGUGGAUCAUCCGCAUCAUCGACAAGGACCUGCGCAUCAAGAUCGGACCCAAAUACGUGCUGGGAGAUGCCUUCGAGGCCUACCGGAACUCGGCCGACCUCAAAGAAAUCGUGAGCAAGGUACUCAAGCACGAAUCCCUGCAGGACCUGAGCGCCUCCCAAAUCCUGGCCGAGGAGGAGACAGGGGUCAAGCCCAAGGGAAAAGGCAAAAUAUUCAACACGUCGGUGUCUUUGAUGAGCCCCGUCAAGCCCAUGAUCGCCUCGCCCAUCAAAUCGAUCGAGGACAUGACGCGGAUGACGCGCCUCGGGCUGCAGUACAACUUCUUCGGGCGGGUGCCCGAGUGCAUCGCGGCCGUCGCCAACCUGGUCUCCCUCGAGCACAUGUACGCCGCCCAGCUCGUCACCGACCGCCUCUACAUCGGUGGAAUCGAUGCGGCGCGGAACAAGGUGCUGCUGCGCAAGCUCAACGUCACGCACGUGCUCAACGCCUCAAUGAUGACCCGCAGCGCCUACUUCCCCUCGGACUUCCAAUAUCUGGUGUUGGAGGCGAUGGACAAUAUGCGGGAGGACAUGCUGCGCCACUUCGACCGCUGUCACGAGUUCAUCGACGAGGGACGCAACGCCGGCGGUGGUGUGCUCAUCCACUGCCAGGCCGGCAUCUCGCGCUCGGCCACAGUCUUGGUGGCGUACUUGAUGCGAACACUGCGGCUGCCGCUGGCCCAGGCGCUGGAGAUGGCGCGCAAGAGUCGACCACAGCUGUGUCCCAACGACAACUUCCUCGCUCAGCUGCGCACCUACGAGGCCCAACUCGCACUCGCGCCCUCGCCCACCCACGCCGCCACCGCCGCCUCCGCCAUCCUCCUCGCCACCGGCGGCAGCACCACCUUCCCACCACCACCUCCGACGACAUCAUCAUCGUCGUCUUCUUCCUCUACGUUCGGGGUGUCGUCUUCUUCGUCGGCGGACUUGGUCGGUGGCGGGUGGGACCACUCGUCUUCGCCGGUCUGA